AUGGAACUUCGUCGUCGUCUUGAUUUAUAUGCCAAUGUUCUUCAUUGUGUUUCUGUCCCAACCAUUCAUUCUCGUCAUAAAGAUCUUGAUUUGGUUUUGAUUAGAGAAAAUACUGAAGGGGAAUAUAGUGGACUUGAACAUGAAUCGGUGAAUGGAAUUGUUGAGAGUUUGAAGUUCUACCAUGGACUGUCACCAUUAGAUGGCUUGUUGGUCGUUUCUUUUGCUUUCCUGCUAUUUGGGGAGGGCUGAAAUUUCCUUCAGAUCGUGUCCUGUGACGGAAAAUUUUUUUGUUAACAGCUUUUGGGUAACCUUAUCUAUUUUUUGCCGUGAAUCCUCUGACAUGCCAACAGAGCUAUCAAUAAUUCGACUUGUGAUUCCGGGCCCAGUUUUUUUUCUAACCCUGGCAAUGUUACAAAAUCCAAAAGUUACCGUUAACAUGAGACGGAUUGAUCGAUGUUUGAUACACAAAACUCGGACUUUUUUCGACCUAAACCCCGAUCCGAAAAAUAAUUUGAAAAAUCG